CGAGGGGAGAGCUCAUCUCUCUUCGGCGAGGGAGAUGCGCACCGUCGUCCUUUUAUCUCUCUGGAGAAGCGGAGGUUCCGAUGAUUCGAUCUCACUCGGUGUCGUGAGUCAAACCCAUUGAUCUGUGUCAACCCAUUGGUCUGUCCAAGCUUUCUUGCUAUCCCUCCCCGCUCAAUGAUGCCUUGCGAGGCGAAAUCCCCUACUAAGCGAGAUGCCGAGAUGCAGCCCCACACAGGCGAUGCCGCCCCUCCCCUUCCCAUCAAGGACGGCCCAUCGGGCACGCGAGAUGUGGAGCCCACCAGGCCGUCCACCCAUGGCGAGGCAGCGCAGCUGACUUGGGACAAAGUGGUGGUGAGGUCUGAGGCGACUGGAGCGGAGGAAAAGACGUUCGUGCCUGCAACGGAUACGGUGAGUGAACCAAAGCAACAAGCAGACACCGUCAUGCAUGACGCAACAUGACACGUGUCGUGUGUCUGCCUGUGUGUGCCGCCUGUCUUUCUUUCCGCAGGUGGAGUCGUUCCUCAAGACGUGCAUGGGGUGGUACUCGGACGGCUCACCGUCAUCUUCGUCUGUGCAGCUGUCCAUCCAUCGGCCCACCCUCCCCCCUCUCCACUUCACCCUCUCCCUAUCCAGCCCCCCGAACAAACCCGACGGUCAGGAGGCCGACAGGGACAGCAGCGAUACCAAAGCUGCCGCCUCAGACACACCCGGCAAGGACGCGAAAGGCGACAAGCGCGACGAGGCCGAGGGGAGCAGCUUCAAGAGUGCCCUGAGGCAGCUGCCGCCCCGCGCGCCACCUCCGGAAGAGCCGCCACAUCCCGCGUCUCUGCUCCCUCGCCUCCCCUCUCUGAAGCAGAUGUCCUCCAAAUCCGCCAGCGAGGACGCCACGGCUCCGAGCACCGACAGCAAGGACACCACCACGACCACCACCAUCACCACCACCACUACGACGAGAGGAGCCUCCAAUGGUUCGUCUGUGUCGCUGUUCCGGGCGCUGGCGCGCACAUUGCCGCCCUCGCCCUUGGAGAGGGCCGAGGACAAGACGCCCAAGAACCGUGGGGGUGGGAAGCGGAGGGAGAAAGGCGAUAUGAAGGGGGGCAGCAGCAGCGGCAAGGAGAACGGUGCUUCACCGGUCAACAGUGUCAAGAGCGACGAUUCGGGCAAGAGCGGCGGCAGGGCAGCCGGGCGCGCUGCCGCCUCGUCUGCGCCAUCGGUGCCCGUUUCUGCGGCCGCCGCCGCCACCACAUCGGUGUUCUCGAGCCUGCCUUCUCUGUCCACCCGUCCCAUUUUUGGAAAAGGUGGAGUGGACAAGGUGGAGAGUACUCCUCCCAUUUUCGCCAGCCCGCCACUCGUCCCCCCUGCUGCCUCGAGCGGGUCGCCAUCCCUGUCAUCCCUGUCGUCGUGUCUGGUGCUGGGCAGGCAGACCGGCAAGCCCUUCGUCGUGCCUACACCCGCGCCCCCGUCGCCGCCCUCGCCUUCGCCCGUUCUCCCCGCCGUCCCGACCAUCAAGAAGGAGCCCGUCAGCCCUCGCAACCAUGACGGCCCACCUCCGGCUGCGUCUGCAUCUGUAUCUCCUGCUGCAGCUGCUGCUGCCAUGCCCGUCAUCAAGACCGAGAAGGGCGAGUCAGCGACCACCACCACCACCACCACUACUCCUGACAAGACGGCAAGGGAUAGGGAGGGUGGGAAUGGUGUGUCGUCGAGGAAGAGGGCGUUGAGCAGUUUGCCGCCGCUGCCGGGCGACCUCGACACGGACUACUACCUGCAGGUGUAUCGUGAGCUGUAUGGGGAGCGGGUCAACAAGAAGAUCAAGAAGGAGGAAGAGGACUGACUGACUGACUGACUGGAUGGGUCAGACCAGAGAGGCGGAUGCAUCGCUGGACGGGAUGGAUGGGUGGAAGGAUGUCUAGG